AUGCACGAUCGCCUCUUACGACUGUUCUCCUAUUCAGACAGACCAAUCAGUGGUGAAAUUGACACAAGGCUGACAGAAUGGGGUGAAAGAAUCAACAAAAGAGAGGCCAACUCAGAUUGUAACAGUUUUUCUUGUAUCUUUAAUUGAUUUAAUUUUCAAUUGGAUUUCUUUUCAAUCUCCAUAAGAUAAUGACGAAUGCACGAUGAACACUCACGAUUGUUCUUCUAACGCCGAUUGCUCAAAUGUUAUGGGAUCGUUUCAGUGCGCCUGCAAAUCUGGAUAUACCGGUGAUGGUAAAGCAUGUCAAGGUAAUAGAAAUGCAGUUUAAUUCUCCCACCCGAAUAAUAGGCUGUUAGCCGAAUCCAAUAAGCAAUAAGAGAAGCCGAUCAGUUGACGAAGUAAUGUUCAGACAGAUGGUUUGAUCCUACAAUUGACAGCGAGAAAGACAGAGAAAUGAAUGUAUAUAGAAACAGAAACAGACAGAAGGAUGGUCUGAUAGGCAGAAAAAAGGGCCACGUGAACCCUUCAAACGGGCACGCAAUCUGAUUAUAUGAAUAGUUUCCAUAUUUUUUUUUUAAUCACAAAUGUUUGAUCAUCUUAAAGUCUGAAAUUUCUUUUAGAUUUGGACGAAUGUGCAACAGCCAAUCACAGCUGCUCUACCCACGCCCACUGUUCCAAUGUCAUCGGAUCAUUUCAGUGUACAUGUAAUGAUGGAUAUAGCGGCGAUGGUAAAACAUGUCAAGGUAAGCGUAGGCGAGACUACACUUGGUGUUAUAGGUUACAUUUAAAACAAGCCACGUUCGAAAUUUAUUUCCAUUAGUUGCUAAAAUGACUUGCUUUGACUUCCAGCUUUUGGCUCAGCUAAAGAAGUACCUUUUUCUUCUUGCAAGUCUCUGUCUUCAUUUAACCUUCCUACCGGUGUUUAUUGGCUCGAUAUUGAUGGUGGGUCCCAUGAUAACGCGUUCAAAGCCUACUGCGAGAUGGAAACCGAUGGAGGAGGCUGGACUUUAGUUUGGAGUUACACCUUUACUAACUAUCAAAGCUUUUCGACACCCUCCAACGCAAUCACACCCCGACCAACUUGGGACGUCCAAAAUUCCGAUGACGUCAACGUUCCAACAUCUAAUACUCCACCUUUAAAUGAAACGGACUUCAAUGCAAUUGAAUUCUCCAAAUGGGCAAUCAUUGGGGACAAGGUAUUAAUCAAAAGCAACAUCAACAAUUGGAUUAUUUGUUCAGGAACAGGAAGUUUACCUAAGUGGCAAUAUGGUUCCGUUAACUGCAUAAUUGUCAAAAAUAUCACUGAACAUUGUCUAGGGGGAAAAGCGCCCGCAUAUUUUGGCCGAAAUUAUCAAUGCGGACCAGCCUAUAAACUUAAAGGUGGUAAUUAUCAUUAUUAUUACUUUGAUGGUUGCACAGGAGAGGAUUUUCCAGCGCAUGACCCCUGUGGGUCAUACUCUGACAAAGAGUUGAAGAAUAUACCAAAUCCACAUGGAAAUAUUUUUAUUCGAUGACUCCCCAUUACUUGGCCAACAUAAAAGAUCCUGACAAUGCUCUAAAUGACAAGAAUAGCUUGGUAGCUGAACUUUAAGGAGUCGAAUACAGUCGGUGAGUUCUUGCUUAUCAGCAGGGAUCUUACACUGCCAAACGCUAUUUCUGUCUCAUUUUUCGAUCAUAAAGUUCAGGACGUUGGUCAUUUUAAGUGUAAGGCUACAGUUAAAGUUGCCUUCGAAGUUGACUUGGGCGGAAUAUGUGUAAAUAAAUAGAGUUCCUACCGCUUUUGCCAGUAUACACUGUACAUCUCCAUAGUAAUCUCAUUUUCUCACUCUCUAAUUACCCCAACAUCAGGUGUGCUUGUGUGUGUGACAAAGACAAUCUUUAAGUAACAAACUAAAAGCCUUCAUUUGAUUCGUUCUCUUGAGAUGAAGGCUUCUUUAAUCUUGCUCUUUACUUAGAAAGUUUUUAAAAGACAUUUAUAGCCAUAAUGGGGGACACAGAAGACCUCGGACUCUGGCGUCUUAAAAGUGUAUGAGGCAUGCAAGAUCACACUUCCAGGUCGUUGUAGAAUGGCAAAAUUUUUAUUUGAGUCUAAAGAACUCCAAGUGUUUUUUUCUUCUUUUGAUAAGUAGCGGUGUUAGAUGCAUUUGUGGUUGGUAAAACACUCAGAUUGAAGUAUCAGAAGUAUUACUAGACUGGUAGGUAGAUACGCUACCCCGGUAUGGACAAUACUAAAAUUCAAGUGCGAUUAAAAUUUGAACUCAACACUUUUAUGACAGGAUUUGUGAAAUAUCUCACUUAAUUAUAUGCAAAAUAAUACAUGAAAUUGUUUCAUUCGCGUUCAAGCAAACUUUUUCACUUACUACGACAUUUUUGCGGUUGAUUUUCCAUAGCUCUAUAAUCACUUUUCAUCAUGCAAGUAAGCAAGUUUAAAGAGUUUCUGCGCUAGUUUAUACAUACCAAUAUGCAGUGUUGUUUUAUGGUUUAUGGCAGGUGUUCUUGUGAACCAAACAUUUACAAAGUAUGAAAGUCUUAAGAUUUUUAAGAAAUUCCUAUUUCCAUAAACUCGGUACUUCCAUUAAUAAGAAAUGAUAGAAUGUGAAUGACUUGCGCUCACUUAUGAAGCUGAAAUGUUUAGUGAUUAGCAAUAAAAAAAUAACUCUUUCUGAGGGGCACAAUUAUACUGCAAAGAUACUGCUGUGGACUUGUCUAAUAAUUUUUAAACUUCAAAAUAUGACAAUUUUAAAGUUUAGUUAGUGUUUCGCCUUCUCCAGCAUGCUAUUCUGUGCAAAACAUAGAGCCGCCUGGCUUGGAGGAGGUCUUUAAAUGGUUGUACCAUUCGCAUGUGUAAUUGGCAGAUGUAAUUUGCGGGCAAGGGUUAGUCUUGCGCGGAUCUUUUGAAGUUCUCACAACUUAAAUGCUACGAAGGUAACUUAUAGAACGUGUUUACCUCUGACAUGUUUUAAAUUUCAUAUUCUUUUUUUAUUAGGUUAUUCUUUUCGCAUACUGCUCAAAAGUAUUUCUAUAAACGUACUUUCCGUUUAACAAAACGGGCAUCUGUUAUUGUGAAAAAGUUACGACCUCAAUAACCCUUCGUUUAAAUGGUCAGAAUUCAAUAAUCAUAGCCUUUUUAUACUAAGAGCUCUCGUGAUUAGGAACAAAUACCCUUAUCGCAGCUAAUAAACAUUUAGUAAUUUCGCCUGGCAUGUGAUAAAUAGAGAAUGAUACAUGAGCGCAAAUAGAUAUGGAAUUUUUCUUCGAGCGUUCAACUUGAUAACUCACGAAUGGAGAACUCGAGUUGUCUUGAUGUCGAGUAGAGCACGGCUUAACUUUGUUUAAAUAUUCGGCCCAAGGUUUUAGAAAAUCAAAACUUAUAAUUACCUUUACAACUAGCCAUUGAGAGUAUCGUGUUUCAGCAAUACUCUCUCUACAGCUAGUUGUAAGCGAAGCUGGAAACAAUUUUCCACAGAGCAGACUAAAUUAAGGGGCUUUGUGAAUGAAAUCAAGUCUCACCCUCAAACUUCACCCUCUUCAGAAAAACAUGAAUCUAAGAACCGCAAACCUUUUUGAGAAACUAUGUUUCGUUUUUAUUUGCAUUAUUUUUCUAACCUACUUUUCAUUUCUUGAAUCUUUGUUUGCUAUAUGUUUUUUCAUCGGAUUGUUCAAAAUUCUUACCACCAUCCUACUGGGACAACUAAUUGCAAACGCCAAGAAGAGAAAACAGGUCAAUCCCCACAAUUUGUUCUUCUCUCGCCGACAGAACACAUUGUGCUCCUCUUGACACCGACUCGAGUUUAUUAUCCCUGCUAGCCUCCGGCAAUUUCUUUGUUUUGUUUCUUUUUCGUUAUUGUCCCGAAAUUUCUUCAUUGAAUUAUGUUAAUCAUUUCCCAUCAUUUACCAUGUCAGGUGAUGGUUAACAAUCAGUGGCAACUUCGUUCUCCUUGUUGUGUUAAGAUGGGCUGUGAUGAAAGAAAUGUCACAAUUCCGUGUUUUAAAACUAUUUUUUUAAAUCCUGUAUGGCUCAUCCUUCUUUUUUUAGCACAUGGAGGUAAGUUUCCACAAAAUUUCCGUUAAUUAAUCGUUGUGAGGUGCAAGCAGAUUAACCUUGGAUUUACAUUCAACGCUGGCGAUGGUAAAGAAACACAGAAAAAAGAUCUGCCCCUCUUCGCAUUUGAUGUUUAUUCAUAACUCAUUCUCAACUCUCAGAGUGGUGAAUCAGUCAGUUAUUUUAAGGAUGUGUAACAAAAGAAAGGAAAUCGGGAAAGAAUUUAGGAAAAAGCCUCUGAAGGAAGUGCUUAGCCUACAUUAUUGGAGAUUUCUUAUUUGUUUUUUAACACUAUGAUUUUCCUCUUUUUGUGCGCCUUUCGUGUUUCAUGGUAUGGAAUUAAUCCUCGCUAUUUUUAAUUGAAAGCAAGACUAAUGAAAGAUAGAAAGUAACUGUUGUUCCAUUCAUGAAACUCAACUAUCCUGCUUAACAACUUUGGCAACCUUUUGUCAUUUGGCUAUCGAGCUCAUGUUUCUAGAUACACCAUCCCGAUUAUUCCUGCAUUGUGAGCCUCACAAAAGAAAAAUGAUUUCAAUUAACACUUGAACAAAUUGGCUGACAUGCAAAUUUUGGAUAUUCUAUUGAUUUUAAUUUUUAUAUACGUCAUUUGUGGUUUGGAUCCUGGAAGGAUCGCAAAGAAAUUUCAGUACGCACAACUUCACCCCCAACAAACAACUGUCUAACAUGCACUCAACAGACGCAAAUGUAUUGAAUCUAGCUUUAUCUGAGUUCAUUACAAUCGUUCCCAGAAAUCAUCAAUAUUUCAUCUGUUAAUUAGGUCUUGAAUUUUUCAGCAAAUUGUCGUGAAUAGUCAUCUAAUUCCCUUUGAAGACUAUCAUCUGGUCGAUUAUUGCUAGCGUCUCAAACCGUUUUAAAAAUUUGUCCCAUAAUUAACAUCGCAAAAGGGUUAAUCUUUGAUACAUUGAUAAUCAACCGGACCCUAAUCAGCUCAUAGAUUUCAAAGGAAUAUUAAAUUUUCCGUUUGAACUAUGGGACACUGCUGUGCAAGAAGGUGCCUACCCUAGCUACAUCCAAACGAUUACGUAAACCUCAGCGGAUAUAGGCUUAUUCUUGACUAAACAAUGUUUGUUCCUUCUAGAUGGAUGUCGCAUGAUUCAGUUUAGAGAACAAAAACAAAAUGUGGCUCUAACGAACCAUAUCAUAAAAAGUGAACAGGUAUUUGACAGAGAUACCUGCGAACUGAAAUGUUACCAGGAUCCAAAUUGCGUUUCCUACAACUAUGGGCCAUCAGCAGAUGGAAACCUACUCUGUGAACUAAGCGAUAAGACCCAUUCACAAGUCCCUGCCAAUGACUUAAAGGCAAAAGAAGAUUAUAUCUACAGUCUAAUCACAGCUGUAAGUAAUGUUAAAGUCUUUCCUAUUGACUCCAUUGUAAGGAAGUAGGUAUCCGCUUAUCUCCAUUCACAAACGAGUCAGGACUUGUAGCAGCAUAUUCUAAAAAUUUCAUGCUACCAAUUUAUGGUUAGAUGUUUACCUAACCGAAGUUUCUUCCGAAUAUUUGGCUGCUUCAAAUUAUACCCACAAUCCGGAGUAGCAUAGACAUUCGAGAACAGUCUGUUCUUAUCGUAGAUAUAUAAUCUCGUGUUAACUUCUAGAACGCUUGCCAAAGCAGUCCAUGUAAACUUAACUCGACAUGUCAAGCAGGAUUUGGGGCUCAUGGAUACCGAUGCAUUUGUCCAGAGGGUUAUCAUGGGGAAACUUGUGAAUUAGGUGAGAUAAUCAACAUACACAUGCAUUUCAGUUGCUUUCGCUCUUUAUUACUUCGUUACACUUGACAUAAGACAAAAAUUAUCUUUGAAAAUAACUAUUUGAUUAAAUAAUUCUUGUCCAGAUGUUAACGAAUGCGCGGUGGCUACUCACGACUGUUCUCCGAACGCUGAUUGUUCAAAUGUUAUGGGAUCAUUUCACUGCAAUUGCAAAUCUGGAUAUAGUGGUGAUGGUAAAACUUGUCAAGGUACGUGUGGUCCAGUUUUCAAGUAUUGCAAAAUGUUGCAUUCAUAAAGCAAAUUCUUCAAAUAUAUAUCACUCACUGUACUUACGUGAUUUAACUUCCAGCUUUUGGCUCCACUAAGGAACUCGCUGUUUCCUCUUGCAAGUCUCUAUCUUCAUUCAACUUUCCCAGUGGUGUCUAUUGGCUCGAUCUAGAUAGCGGGUCCCGAGACAACUCUUUCAAAGCUUACUGCGAGAUGGAAACUGAUGGAGGAAACUGGACAUUGGUUUGGAGUUACACCUUUACUAACUACUCAAAUUUUCAAGCAAGCUCCAAUGCAAUAACACCCCGACCCAAUUGGCAUGUCUUCAUACCAAGUCGCGUAGACGUCACCAUAUCUAAAAACCCACCCUUGAGUGAAACGGACUUCAAUGCGUUCGAAUUUUCUAAAUGGAAAAAUUUUGGAGAGGAAAUUUUGGUCAAAAGCAACAUCAACAAUUGGAUCAUUUGCUCAUCUGGAGACGGAAAUCUAGCCAAGUGGUCGGACGGGCCUGUAAAUUGUAAGAUCAUCAAGAGCAUCACUGAACAUUGCCCAGAUGGGCCGCCACCCACACAUUUUUUACGAUAUUUUGGCAGAUACUGUGGACCAAGUUUUUUUAGUGAUUCUUUUCAUUAUUACUUUGAUGGCUGCACAAGGUAUAACUGGCCAACGCAUGACCCCUGUGGGCAAAACUCUGACAGAGGAUUGAAGAAUAUACAAAAUCCACACGGAAAUGUAUUUAUUCGCUGAUUCUUUGAUACUCUUCAGAUCACUUUCGCAUCAGCCUUACACUGGAUAAGGUUGUGCUUACCAGCAGUGAUCACAAACUGCUUGCUACAGUACCAGUUUUAGAUGAAGUAGUUUAAGGCGUUCAUCAUUUUAUAGGAGUUAUAAUCUUCCAUUCUUUAAUAACACUGAUAUUAGGUUAGAAGACGGGUUAAAACUCUUAGAAAGACUUCCGAAAAAAUGAUAGACCACCCUUGUUUCACGUCGUCCACCAUGUCCAUCGUGUCCUUUACAUUUACAUCUAAAGUUAUCUUCUCAGCACGCAAUGCAAGACACAAGGAGGACCUGAGACUCCCAGAGGUGUAGCUUGGGAGGGAGGGGUCCUGUGGUGGUCGUGAACUCCCUCUUUGUAAGCCUUUUUUAUGUCACAUGCAUUAGGUAAAACACGGCGUAAAGGUCGACAUGACAACCUGGUGAGUACCCUCUGUUUGACACGAUGUGACCUUCCCCUCCCACCUUUGAAAAAUCCUGAGUAUACCCCUGGAUUCCCCCUUGUGUUGCAAAGACUGAAAGCAAGCAAAUACCACACCACCAGGCUUAUAAAGUCUAUGUAUUAAUAAAUAGGAUCUUCACUGUUUCAUAUUUAGUUUAUUUUUCUUUUAUUAUCAGCAUCCAUGUAAGACAAAUUUCUUUCUUGUAUCCUUUUUUGUUGUUUCUUUCAUCAUCAUCAUCAUCGUUAUAACUAAUAUAAUAAUAAUUAUUAUUACCAUUAUGAUUACGUGAUGUACAAACGAUAGCAUCCUGAGUUUUGAAACUAUCUUUUAUAUCUACUUUCAAAAGAACAUGCCUUCAAGAGGUUGACAUUUUGUUCAUAUAGUAACAUUUACUUCUUGUCGGUCAAAUUUUAAAACCAAAGGUACUUGCAUAAAACGCGAGAUACAGUAGUCUAAUAGAAAAAACAUUAAAUCGUUCCAGCAGGCAAGAAAAAUUGAACUAUUGGAGGAUUAGAGUGAAACCUUAGUCUAAUCAUUACGAAACAACACAGAACACUGUUUUGAACCAUGUUCGAGCACUGCUGCUUCGUGAUUCCACAACAUUUUGACCGCUGUGAUAAGAACAAUGUUGUCGAUAAGAGCACAGAACACGUUAAACCAAUGUCGAUUUGUUAAAUAGAACUUAAGCACUGCCAUUACCAAUUUGUAAGCAUUUUAAUGUAUGAUAAGGAUAAUAAGAGAUGGAAUGCAGUGUGUUAUUAGUUACGUUGUGUAUAGGACCUGUUUUAUAAUGUUGGCAGAAUAUCUCUAUAAGAUGCAAAAAUAUGUAAGGAAAUGAAGAACGUUUCACCAUAGAGGUUCAAUUUUUCAAUCAAGUUUUCAUUUAUCUAUAAACGUGAUAAUUAAUUAUAUAUCCGUGAUGAUAACUGCUCUGCUACCGUUAACAGUUUCCAGCACUAGCAAAUGCCAAACACGUCUCUCAAAUAUGGGCUUAACGAACGUAUAGAUUCCAACUUCCUAUUUAUUUAAGAGAGAAUUAUCUUCGCAUUUUGUUAAUUUCUAUGAAGUUUUACUAAUAAUUGCUGUAUUUUGCGAUUUCUGUUAUUUGUUUAUUUUAUUGAUAACAUGUGUAAAAAUUAUCUAUGUAUUUGUUCCGUAAUCGUUUUCUUUUAAUUAGGUGUAUAUAUGUAAAUAAUCAGUUGAAUACAGCAAGGCUUCUUUCCUGACUAAUAAACAUAUUUUCAAUCGUUAAAUGGUGCUAGUUUAGCUUUAUAAAUACUUUCAGUAACCAGCAGCUGUAUGUAUUGUCAAUUCAUUUACUGAUUAAUUAGUUACUUUAAAGUACAAAUUAACCUUGCUGUUGUUGCUGUUACAUUUAGGUUGACACUUUUGAGCCAGGUAGCCAUUACCGGCAUUCGCAUCAGUGCAUUGGCUCUGAAGAAAGACUAACGCUCGAAACGUCAGCUUAGAAACUCUUUAUGGUGGCCAAUUUUCAUUAUCAAACAAGCAAAUAAGUCCAAACUUAUCUUAAUAUACUCCCCACUGACACAGCACCACAGUUUCUUUACAAACGUACUCCCUUUUACUACUACCACUGCUUAUCCUGGUUCCCGUAAGCUAAGCAACUAGGGGCAUUCAAACUCUUCAGUCGUAAUUAAUCGCCUGUCAAUUCCCCAAGUUUCUUUGACUGUUUGCUGGUACUCAUUUACACUCCUGCGUGAAGGGAGACACUAUGAGACCAAAAUGCCUCGUUCUAGACCAAGUCACAAUGACUCGACUAGCUAAAAUGGACAUUUCAACAAGUCUUCAACAUGUACCUAGUCAUUUGUACUUACCCUCAAAUAGAUGCAAGAUACAGUACAGCUACCUCAAGUAGCAACCUGAAAUUGCAUAGUCUAUCGCUGGGAGAUAAUAUCUGAAAAACACACUAAAUGCUAUUUCAUUAUCAUUUUUUUUUCUUCAAUCGAUUCCAACUGCUUCUCUGUCGCUGAGAUAAGAGCCCUCAUAUAAGAGACAAACACGAAGCGGUUCCUCCUAACCGGUAAUUCUCUUUUAACUGCUUUGCCAAGAUGCAUGCAGUAACCUUUAAGUCUAAAAUUUCCUGCAUUCAACAAACUAUUCCAAGGUAAUUUUCAUUUAUGCGCAUUUCUAAUCAAGUAUAGCACUUAGGUUUUUUCUUUAGUUUUUGUUUUAUACCCUCACUACUUUGAUCUUAAAAGGAAAAUUCGAAACAGCAAAGCUAUAUUAACGACGAAUGGAAGUAGACGUCGUGCAAAAAGAUGUAUCUAUUUAUCUCUUGAUAAUCAUGUAUUUGUUAUCAUUAGUAUUCCAGGUAUCCUAACUCUUUUUAUACAUUGCCAAAAGGAAGGGAAACCGGAACUUCACAUCGCUCCAUAAAUUUGUACUGCUACCUCAAUUAGAUGACUAAAUAGAUGGAAGGAGAUAUCUUUCAAUAAUAGUUUGGUGUGCAAAAAGUUUUCAGUUUUAACGUACUCAUUCUCUGUUUUGUAAGAAUUUCCAGUGUUAAUAUGGAUUAUCUUCGCUUCCAAUUAGAGCAAGGAGAUUACAUGGGGAUUUUAGCACGCAAACGUUAAAGACAGCAUUUCCUCAGGGCACAAUUGUAUUAUGACGAGGACAAAUAAUGCAAAAUGUUCUUCACUAAAGAAAAAGCGUGGAGUAAGCUUGAAGAGGGAAAAGUUCACUUAAUGGAUUCUCGACAACUUCCUAACUUGAUGCAGUAAUGUAAAAAUUUUAUCUGGAUAGCCUUCGACGUUUCCUGUGCUUUUCAAAGGAAAAUUUGUAGCAAUAUAGAUAUAUUUUCCUGUGGUGAAUAAUUAAAAAACGAUAAUUAAACCACAAGUAAUGUAGUUAAUAUGGUUCCCUCAUAGCAAUACGUUUGUUGUUACAUCACACCGGUUACACUUAACCUGUCAGCCAAUCAGGUCGAGUCUUAUCGUCUCUCAAAUUAAUAAUGCAAAGUGUUCACGGUGCUUAAUCACCUGUUACAAAUGUCACUUUUUUCAUAUCCUCCCUAGGAGCUUUUUCCGAAAUGCGAGUAUGCGGUGUUUAAAAAAUCCCUGGAAAUAACAAAAUGAAGAGUGUUACCACGCAAAAUAUCGAAUCACUGAGCCACGAGGCAAGCAUCGCCAAAACGUCUGUGCAUAGAUGGAAAACAUUACAACACCGCAGGGCAGCAAAAUGUGCCGAAAACCAUAAAUUUGCCAACAGUAAGUACUUAUUUCGAUUGCCUCUCUUGUUGUUUUGAUCAUUUGUCCAUGAAAUUGUUUACAGGAAUUUUGUGUUUAACAGAUGAAAAAAUAAGCAUCUAGAGCUUCAAAAUCCCAUUUAUUUACUGAUUUGUUUGAUAAGACCACGGUUCUCCAACGCCUAAAUUACAUGAGUAAGCUAGCUAUUGCUAUAAACACUAUAAGGAAAAUUGCCUAAAUCAAUAUCGUAUGUUCUGUUUAUAGUCGGAGAGUCCAUCGAUAUUAUGCAAAAGGGAGCAUUGGUCAUAAAAUUGCGAAGUUCAUCCAAGAAAUAUCCACGAAAGUUCUUCCUUGAUCAACAAUCUUUAAACAUCCGUUGGACACCUUCCAAAAAGGGAGACCGUGCGAAAAGUAAGUCAAAUUUUCAAUUUAACGUUAAUUUAACUCAAAUAUAUGCUACUGUAAAACAAGAUGUCGUAAGCGUGAGUUUGAAUUUAGAUUUUUUUUUUUCAUCUCUCAGUUAUUAAGAUAAAAGCCAAAACCAACUUACUCGAGCUUGCGUAUGAAGAGAUUUUUUAGAUGAAUUUAAAGACUCUGCUUUGAAUUGUUACUAAUUUUAUCUUUUUUUUUUCUUCUUUUGUGGUGGUACACGCUAAAAGAGAAGGCAAAGAUUUUGCAUAAGAUGCUAUAUCUUCAAACUUACUGUUAUUUGCAUUUGCAUUGUUAUAAUGCCUUCCUUAAAGAAAAGUUUUUGAAAAAAAUUGAUUAAGAGUAUUAGACUGUGACCCCUCUCACGCUUAAAGAAAUAUUUAAAAUCUAGACAGAAAGUAUUUACGCGAAUAGAUAAACAUUUAAAAAACGCAAAAGAGAUAUUUCGCGUCUUGAUUAGUUGUUUGGAAUGGGAUAGCUAUCGUUCAAAUGGAUUUGAGAAAAGUUAUUAAUUUUGAAACAAAAUAGUUGUAUUCUUCGACUGUGAAUAUAUGAAAGUAGUGUUCUUCACAGUUGAGUCUGUGUAUAUAAGGGAAAAUUUUUUUAUUAUAAGAAGCAAAACAUGUCUGUUUGAUAUAAUUCUAUUUUCCAUAAAUGUAGAAAAGACUUAGCCACUUUUGAUUAAUAAUUGAUGAAGGAUUGGCCCUCACGUUGAACCUUUUUCCUUAUCUAUUUACAAGAAAAGUAUAAAAUGCAAUAGCUUACCCCACUUGAAGUUCUAUGUAUUUAUCGAAAGAGAUGAAUCUCAAUUUUGCUAUAAUUAUUACGCGUUGGGAAGGUUUAAUAAAGCGUAAUGCUAUUACCCGCCACUGAUUCGAAAAUCCCUCGAAAUGGUCGCGUAAUGGAAUAAACUGGAUUUUGUGCUUAAUAAGAUUAAUUAUGUCGCACUUUACUAACACAUAUAAAACCAGACUUCAAGGCGUACGAAAGCCAUGAGAAGGGUAAAUGUGCUGUAAUCAACCCGACUCAAGAAUAAGAGGAGGCGCUAAACUAACUCUUAGUACAGUGCAGCUACUGAAGAAGUCAUUAGUCUAAGUAAUAUGCCCAGAGGAUCCCAACCAAAUAUCCACUCAAAAGAGAGAUCUUCAUGUUCUCUCAUACAACAAGUACUCCUUAAACAUCCGUGGGCCGCCAACUGAGAUGAAAGUAGAAAACUACAACUUCGUAUCGCAAUUUUUAAGGUUAGAAACAUCGCUCCUAAUGAAAAACACUUCUCAGAAAAAAUCAUAUAAACAACACUACACGAGAGUUAAAGUUGAGCUCAUUUAAAUACGCGCAGAAAUAAAUAAUAUACAUGUUUUUUUCCUUCAAUUUUCUGCUCGGCUGUUAAUGAUAAUUCCUUAGAAGUAUUGGUAGCCGCUUUCCGUCAACUAUCCGUGAUUGUUUCAAGCUCUCAUUCUCUCGACUGGUCGCCUGAACUGUCAUUCAUUUAUUCAUCAUCAUCACUAAUUUACCAUUAGUGUUUUAUGCUCACAAGUUUUAAUCUCAUGCUAAAAGGGUGGCAAUUUGGGAUUGAUGUUUGCUCGCAUGGCACUUGAUUCUCUACGUUAGUAAGACCCUUUACACACGUAGGUGCGACCGAAAUGCCCACGAUGUGUUAACAAGAUGAAACUCAGGUAAAUAUGUAUCCUAAAUGUUAUGUCUGAAGCAAACAAAAGCUUCGAUUAAUGUGUUUUAUUUGCAUAUUACUAAACUUUUAGCCCGUCUGGAAAUUGGACUUGGUGUCGAAUUAAGUUAACAGGCGCUCAAACAAAACAUUUAACAAACUCUUGGAAUCGCAUCAAGAGUACUUACUCUCAUUUUUCGCGCGUAUAUCGCUAUAAUGGCAUAAUUUGUUUCUUCUAGAAGCUUACUAGAAACCCUGACGUUGCAAGAAAACUCGCGAAUUUCGUGUUCGCCUUCGCUCGCGUUAGUAUUUCGUUUCUUUAUUUUUUCGUUAUCUGGGACAAAAUGACCUUACAUCCGACUUACUCAGUCUCCAAUGUCUCCAAAUUUUCUCAAUCGUUGACUGAAAUUUCCAACUAACGAGACAUAAGCCUAAGCGUUGCAUGCGUCACCUGCUUAUCAUAGUGUCUGAAAGUCAUAACCUCAUCGACAUAAUGCACACCUGCUAAGCAAAGCAGAAGAAUUAGGCCGUUUUAAACUUGCUUCUGUCAUCUCAAUAUUUUCCGUUAAAUUGCAAUACAGUUGUCUUCUAAUAUUGCUGACCUUUCUAUAAUUCUGGUCAAAAGUUGUUGGGAUGCAACAACUUUGUCAUGCAUACCCAGACCCUUGAACAAAAGAUGUGUUUUCCAUAUUGUAAAAUUAUUCUCAUGAGAACCUUCUAAGCUUUUCUCAUACUCCUCUCCCUUCCCUGAAUAAAAUUUGAAAACAACUGCAGCUUUUGUCUUGGUUUUAAGCCGUAAAAAGAUAUCUAAAAACAAAUGCAGCUUUUGUCAUGUAUGUAACGCGUAAAAAAUAGUUAAAAACAACUGCAGCUUUUGUCAUGGUUGUAAGCCAUAACGUUUCCGGUACUCUUACCAACAUUGCAGAUCAAGGGGGUAGAGGGUACUUCCGGAUGCAAGGCUCUAAAAUCUGUUGAUUUUACCACCGCAUAGUUCUCCCUGUCUAAAGACUUUUUUUCAAGGGUGGUAGAUCUAAACAUGUACCUACUAAUUGCCUCUCUUUCAGUUCCACUGGCAUCUGUGAGGGAAGUUCGCGAAGGUUUCACAACGGAUGCCUUCACUCAGUGCCCAGAGGUUUACUCAGAAAAUAGCUGCUUUUCUAUUAUCCAUGGGGAUGAGUUUUCCACGCUUGACUUAGUUUUUCAAACUCAAGAAGAAUUUUUGCAUUGGACUGUGGGCCUUCGUUACUUGUUGGCUAAGAGAUCAGGUACAGUAUACUUACACGACACGACACGACACAUGCAACAUAUCAGUUUUUAAGUAUUUUGAUGCAGUUAUGGGUCUAUUCGCAUUUUGGCUUCAAAAGACUCUUUAUUUUAUGAAAUUUGCCUUCGACGGUGAAAAAAAAUUGCAAAGUCUUGCGUCGCCAAUUUAAAUCAUGUUCACCAACUUGGCUAGGAACCGAGGAGCGAGUCUCUCCUGUCUAUUCCCGUUCUCUCAGCAAUCUCUUUGAAACAAAUCAGAAGUUACAAAAUUACGCAUAAAGACGUUGUUGAGUCAAAGUUUUUGCAUUAAACAAAGCAGCUGCAGAUACUUUCCCGCCAAUUCAGUUUGACUCAGCGAUGUCCAGCGUGUACGGCCAGGUUCCUAAGUUUUAUUUUGAUAAUGGCAGCGUUCGGCGUGUAAACAUAUUAGCACGUAUUGGAGACAAUUUUCGAACGACUGUGCCCUCUUUACAUCAUCAAACCGGGUAAGAGAAAAAUUAUGAUAGAUAGUUCUUAAAGACUGAGAUAAAAACCGUAUGGUUUCGGAAGGGUACUUCUCUCUUGGUGUUUUUUGAUACCGAACGACACAACUGGUAUAGUCCGUGAAGUAGUUCAGGGAUUGAUAACUUUUUAAAAAUCAGUUUAGAUGGGUUAAGGGUUAUAGAAGGGGCAGCUUAGUGGCCAAAAAGGGAAUGGAAAUAAAUUCGAAGCUUCUUCAUAAGAUUUGAAUGAUAUUGCUCUUGUGCUUGAGUCCAGGCUAUGGUUAAUAUACGCGCUGAUGCUUUGCCGCUUGACAAGGUUUUUUCGUGGUGAACAAUUGACGGGAAUUUAUACCUCAAGGCGAAAUACUAUCCUCUACAAUAACUAAUAUAUAGAUUUAGCCAAGCCUAAAAGCCGAGCUCUUAUUAGUUUAUUUUCCAGCCCUACGUUACACUGAAUAAAAACUGUAAUAAAACUAUCUACUGGCAAGUCUUUGUAUUACAUUUCAACCCAACAAUUUCCUCAACAUAUAAACACUAUUACAAAGUAAUUAGUCAGGGAAAUGGAAAACUUGUGGCAUAUACACCAUGUUUGAAAUGCCAUGACCAUAGUAAGCUAACAGGAUUGAGGAGGAUGUAUGUGGGAAUAGGCCCUCUUGUCUGUGAGGUUGAGUAGUUAUAAGUAUUAGUGUUCAUUAGAAUAGAACUGCCUUUUUGGUCUAAAAUGUGAUGUUACAGUAAAAAUGAGAUAUGGAGGACCUGUGAGACCAAUACAUUGUAUUGUGAUUGAAAUCUCUAAUAAGUGACCCCCCUCCCGCCCUAGACUUUGAUUAAGAGGGGAGUAGCUACUCUACGAAAAACAUGAAAAAAACCAGUGUUCUCAUUUCUAUGAAUUGCCUUGUUACUGAAUGGCACGUAGCUUGAUGGUCUUGAAAACAGAGAGACUCAAUAACAAUUGAAACCCUGUCAUCAAACUAAUGCCUCUUUCACUCUUACAUUAUAUUACUUCAUCUCCAAUUCUUAAUUCUUAAACUUCAGUAUCACUUCUAAUCUUAAACUAGUGACUAAUACUUGUUCUAACCUUACAUUAUUGUCUUUUCACUCUCUCAUCUUCCCUUUUGCACACUUGACUCUCUCCUUAGGAAUCUUUCCAGGUAGGUGUCUCUAAUUAUUUCAUGUUUACUGGCCUGUCUUGCCAGCUUCAAUUCAACUUAUAACUAUAAUUUAAUUUAAUACCUCCACUUAUUUGCUUGUUUGUUUAUUAAUGCACUUUUUUGUUUUGUUUUUUGUUCAUGUUCUUUGCAAGCUUUAAGACUUCAAGUAACUCCUUAUUAAGAUGUAACAUGUCUUUUCCCACAAUUACUAAUUGGGAUGUUUCCCAGGUCUUUGAUAUAUAAGAUUACAGGUGUAAAUGAAUACAUAAACAAAUAAAUGAAUAAAUAGCCAAGUGCUUCUGGCAAAACCAGAAAAGGUGGCCACUUCUAUUUAACUUCUCCAUAAUGCCACAUUUCUUUCGAAGUGUAUUUAAAGAAUGUUAAUUCAUUUAUAAUUGUAGAUAAAAGUCAGUGGUAUCCACAUGUAUAUGAAGCAUCUGUUUGAGGCAGGCAGCUAUUUCUUGGGUAGAAAUUUUUUUUCCCACACUGAAAGACAAGAUAUUACCUGCAAGUAAUAAUCUCUCAUCAAAUUGAUACGAUGAAACAUAAUGGAUUAACCUUAUGUUGCAGCUGAAGAUGAACCACUGCGGCGGCAGACCUCCCGAGACCAGUAUCCUUUUUUAGACUAAGGAGAGACCUAAUUUUUUUUUCAUUGUAGUGGCCACUAUCCUUUACUUUUUUUGGCUGAUAUGUUUCUAUUUCUCUUCUUUUGUUGGCCAUAAUUCCAUGUGAAUUCCCAAAGCCCAAAUCUUUUUCCAUAGUACCUUACUCUGAUGCAUUUUCUCCAGAAUUGAAAUCUCAACUUUUUCCACGCACAGAGUAAGAGUUAGUUUUUUGUUUUGUUCGUCUGUAUUAUUGCUGUUUUGUUUUCAAGUUUUGUUCCUUGCUGUGUUCUCCUUCACAAUUGUGUAGAUGGUUAAAAGAGGUUUUUCUCUCAGCGGACAAAAGUGGAGAUGGUCUCUUAAGCGUUGAUGAAGUCUUUUCUUUGAUGCACAAACUCAAUGUUAAAAUAUCAAAUAGGAAAUUACGAGAGACAUUUAAGGUGUGUGUGUGUAUUUCAGUCUUUCCUUUUACCAGAUGACCUGAUACUUCAGUGAAAGUAUUGUUUGUAUUUUUGGUUGUGGUUUACCUAUAAUUUUUUGGAUGUUAGACUGUGUGAUUUUUGACCAUUGCCAGUAUUCCCUCAAUUAUGAUCAUGUUAGGACACCUGUUAACAAAAGACUUAUUGUUUGACAAUUAUAAUUGCAGUAGUAUGUCAUACAACCAAAAAUGGCCCCUCGCUGAAAAAUAAAAACUGCAGUUUUUCUUGAACUUGUUUCCAGUUUUUGUUCAUUUGGUGCUUGUUGGCCAUUUUUUUCUAAGGAAGCUUCGUGUUAUAAGACAUUUUCAUUGGUUUCAUAACAUCUUGUUUAAGCAGUCAAGGCUUCAUUUAAUAGUGGUAUUUAUAUAGUUUGUUUUUUAGCUAAGGAUGGAAGAUUCUCAGUUACCAAUUGUACUCUUAUGGUUUGAUAAUGUGGGUCAGUCAUGUAUGCAGGGUCAAAACCAAAAGAUAAAAACUAAGCCUUAGUGGUCAUCUUGCUUAGGUAGCAUUGCCUAGUAGACUAAAGUACAAGUGUUAUGUUACAGUAGCUUUGUAUUUUAGAUGCAUAUUUAUUAAAAAUUGUACUUCCUCAUGCAGCUAUUUUAGAUACAUGUAAAGCUUUGUGACCUUGUUGGUAUUUGGUGUCAUUUACAACUGAAACCUCAGUGACUAUUUAUUUGCCCUAUUUAUAGUCUCAUAAUUUGGGAAUAUUUGAAUUUUUUUACCUUUAUUAUUGUGCUUCAUUUGUUAGCUUGACAAACAGGUUUGUUUGCAGGUGUGUUGGUUUGCCUAUUUGUCACAAUUUAAUUUGAUGUGAGCAACUUUAAUUGUUUCAACCCUAGGCAGCAGACACUGAUGAUCAAGAUUCUGAUGGUUUACUGGAUUUCAAUGAGUUUAUUAACUUUUAUAAGAGCAUAUCGACCAGGAGGGAGCUCUACCUUUUGUUAUUAAAGUAAGUUUGAAUACUUUUAAAAUAUCUAAAGCUGUGAUUCAUAUCCUUCCUUCUUAAAUAAGCCCUCUGAAUCAAGAUAGAACUACAUUUGAAUUCUCAAAUGAAUGCCUUUGAACGAUCCUGCAUGCACCAUUUUGGUAAAAGUCUGCUGUUGGGAGAUACGCAGGGUGUUUGAACAGGCUUUUAUCAGGAGCCACGGUUGCACAGCAAUUAAGAGCUUCCAUAAAAGCAAAGUUAUACAGCCUAAUAGCGUGGUAAAGUUAGAGUCCCUUGGGAUCUACUUGAGAGAAUCCUAACUGUGAAUAGAAUGUUGAACUGAUAAGACUGAAACUCAGUAAAUCUCUGGCGCAUAAAAUCCAAAGUUAAAAGCUUUAGCUCUUAAUGAGAAUAACAUUAAUAAGGAAAACGAAAUUUAGGUUUCAUUGGCAUGUAGGAUGGUGGUAACCUCAUUUUAUUAAAAAAUGUCGGCAGAUAUGGGAACAGUAAGGAGCACAUGACGGUAGCUGAACUAAAAGUUUUUUUAGAGAAAGAACAGCAGGUACGUAUUAAAUUUACUAUACCGUGCAAGUUAGCAAAAUAAACUAAUUUAAGAACCGCUAUCGCUAGUAGAUCACUCACGCCAGUCACCCGGUUAUGUCGCCGGCCUUCAGCUAAGUCACCUUGCCCCCAAGUGUGAUUAUGUUGCUACAUGUUAUCUCGAUUAAAGUUUUUGAUUAUUCGUCAGAAUGCAACUAAAACUGCAACAGUUGCAUAUUCACAGACAGAUUAAUUGUUAAAGCUAUCGCCUAUUUCAGAUUUGGUGGCAUAUCUCAAAAAAAUCGCAUAUGGAAGGGCAACAGAGCCUCGCUCUUAAUGCUGAGCAGAACACGAUUGUCUCAAGGUCACACCUCGCUGUUCUUGCAAUCUCUCCGUUUAUUUUGUACGUUAGCCUUAGUCAACGCAGGUUGUUGUUGUUGUUGUUGUUGUUUUCCUUUCAUCAACUGAACGCCCAGAGAAUUUUCAAGUUUUCAAGUUUGUCAAUACAUGUACGUAACUCGCGUAAUAUGAUUGUGUUAUCAACUACAGUCGAUCUAACUUGGGCGACGUAACAUUUCUUGGGGGUAUUUGACGUCACUUAAGAUCAAGGUUACCUGUAAACGUUUAGAAAAAAGUGCCUGAACACGAUUAUGACGUUUUAUAUUUGUGCCUAUAUUUAUUAACUUUUUUUUUAAUUUUUUACAUAACAGGCCAUAAACCGUCACCUCCUCUUAUUAAGCUUAUGUUAUAUGUUUGUAAACACCUAAAAGUCCUCUGGUUCUCGACUUUCCUUUAUCAUUUGUCUUUAAGUGACUCCAUGCGCUCACUAAUUUUGUAUAAUUUACUGUUUUACUUAUAAUUUACGGUAAUUCAUGUAGAUGAAAGAUGUGACAGGAGAGGACUGCUGCAAAAUCAUUCAAACCUACGAACCUGUGCUGGAAAACAGAAGUGUAGGCAUUCUUGGAAUUGAUGGUAUUUUACAUUAUUGUAAUAAUAAUAAUACUACUAUUAUGAAUUUUACUAUUUCAUAUCGCAUCGUCGACUUGACCAUAAAUUCCCACCACGAGUGUUGGGAAUAGCAGUAACAACUUUCCCUGUUAAAGAGUUAAUCUAAAUCAGAUUAAGUCAGUCUUCCAUAGUUUGUGGAGGGGAAUUCGGGAUUCCCCAUAGCCGUUCUCCUUAUUUAUCUUUCUGUUUUCGCAGUUUUCAUUUUUUUCUUUGUUUGGUAUCACAUCACAGGUUUCACAAGCUAUCUUUUAGGUCCAGAAGGUGAUAUAUUUAAUCCAGAACACUCCAGAGUCAACCAAGAUAUGACCAGACCUCUGUCUCAUUACUUCAUUGCUUCUUCACACAACACGUAUGUUGACCUGUCUUUUUUUGUUUGUUUGUUUGUUUUUUGUUUUGUUUUGUUUUGUUUUUUUCGGUAUUCGGUAGUAUUCAUUCCAAACGAAUUGACACGACCUUUUAAAUCAGAGAAGAUUUCCGAAAAGGAAUGUACACAUUUGAAAACUCAUGUUUCGAAGCCUUCUAACGGUUAAGAGUUACUGGCUUCCUAUUUCUCUCUACAGUAUCAUUCUUGAAUCAAAUGUAAAUUUCACCAAAAUAAAGAAAAUGAGAAUCGGUGUAGGAAGCUCUUGAUUGUCAAACAAAUUCUCCUUGGCAGCACCAUAGGAAAUACGAACAGAAUAGUUAUGGGAAUAUGGGUAAUCAUUUAACGAUUAAUCGUUGACACAGUCAUACCAGAAAAUAAAGAUACGAAAAAAUUCAGGGUGCUCUUUGUAGGAAUCAUCCUCUGGAAACUCCAAUCACAAUGGUUUGGUGAAUCAACAGUGACAAGUCAGUCUUCCUUUAAAAUCUACCUCAGCAGCCGAAUAAUCGAGUGUUGUUUACCUCAGAUCAUAAAACCUUCAAGAGGUGAUGAUGGCGGGGGGUUUUUUAAGCCUGAUAAAAAUGUCCCUUGGCCAGAAGCCGAAUGAAAAUGUUUAAAACACUAACUAGAUAAUACUUUUGUUAAGACUUUGCCCGAAAAAGGGUUGUUUGGGCAAUCGACUGAAUCGAUGCUCAUGCCCAGUCCCUCUAACUUUGUCUUUGUAGCUACCUCCUCGGAGAUCAGCUGACAUCUAAUUCAAGUAUGGAUAUAUACAUAAAGGUCCUGCAGUCGGGUUGUCGGUGUAUCGAAAGUAAGGAUUUGUAUUUUUGUGCCUUUUGAUAGGCUUUGAUGGCCUUCAAAUGGUAAUUUUAAGUUUAUCCGUUUUAUCGUCCGGUCGUUUGUUUUUGUUUAUUUCCGAGUGAAGAUCCUUAGUACGCGAUAAUGCUUCUUCUUGGUUAUUAAGCUUCAUUAUUACUAAUUCUCUUUAUAUGUACGGAAAGCGCUUUUCAAUAAGUGUCAAAAGUAACCCGGGAUUACUUUAGUUCGCUUCACUGCUCAAUGUGAUUGGUGUAGAAAACGCGCGCCAGCCUCUCAUCUAAGCAGUCUCAAAAUGUAAACCAGUUGCAGCUUGUUACUUGCGUUUCCCGCCUUUCAAGCAGCUUGCUUUCAUUUACCUUAGUUCUCAUAGGCUCCUUUGUGACAAUUCGUUUCAUUCUGAUUGGCCGUCGUAAUUACUUUGGUUUUGGUCUUACGACACUCUUUCGACCGCUUUCGACUCUAAACCCUGCACAAUAUACUUCACUCUUGGCUAGAAUUAAUCAAUCAGAACUUUGGAUGCGUAGUUGGACGCGAGAUUAACCACUUUCAGUUGAAGUGCACAUUGAUAUCCUGAAAUGUUGGUGGUGUGAGAAAGAUGUCUAUGAAGACAAAUGAUUAAAAGGACAUGUCGUGUGGGGUUUCCAAUGCUGUUUUCCAAGUAACUGUUCAGCGCGUUUAUUUUUCGAGGAGUUAUUUCUCUACCGCAUAAAUCUGUUCCCCAAUAUAAAAAAAUUAAAAAGCAACAACAACUGUCCCUACCUUUCCUCACUUUAGCACUGGAUGACAAGGAAUAAGAUUUGAAGAUGCUAGAAUAUUUCAAAUAAGGUCAUCCAACAUUCUGUAUGGCUCUUCUUUAUUUAAUUGUUCCUUUGUGUUUCCAACUGUGCAGUUGACUGCUGGGAUGGAAAGGAUGGUGAACCUGUGGUAUAUCAUGGUUACACGAUGACGUCCAAAGUGAAAUUUCGUUACAUCAUACUUAAUAUCAACGACUUUGCCUUUCUUAAUAACAAGUAAGAAAGCACUGCACUGAAAACCAAACGGCCUUACUAAGUAUUACGAUAAACAUAGCAAAUGUAGAGUCAGAAAUAUUUGAGAGUGUUUGUUUUUUCUAAUGAUUCAAUUAUUCUACCAGCAUUAAAUGUUAAUUAUAAUUGUGUGCCUUCACAUAAUUAUAGCACUCAUCUUGAUGUCUUAAAAGUGUUAUUAAGGAUAGACCAUAUCAAAAUUCACAAUUUUGAGCGCAAAUGCAGUUUAAUCAUUUUCUUUUUUCUAGAUAUCCAGUUAUUCUUUCGUUGGAGAAUCACUGCAGUGUUAGCCAACAAAAAGUUAUGGCGAGUCUUAUGCGAGACAUUUUUAAAGAUAUCCUUUUUAAAGGAUCUACUUUACCAUCUACUAUCCUCUGCCAGUAGACUGCCUCUGCCUAACGUCUGUUACAGGAACUUGUACCUUGAUUUGCCUUAACAUUUCCUAGAUAAGCUGGUCUACGAGACAAGUUUGGAUAGAAAAGAUCUACCCUCGCCGCAGAGCUUAAUGGGUAAAAUUCUGAUCAAGGUAUAUACCAAUAAGGAAUAUGUUAUAUACUGUAGUUAUUGCACGUCCCUUUCUAGUUUUUUAGAUUUCUCCCCUUGCCUCCUUGUUUACCUAUAAAAUUCGAGGUAAUUUAAGUUGUUUUGCAACGUAAGUCACACCUCAAAGAUUUAUGCUUGACAAAUAAUUUAAUUUAUAGAAGAAAAAGGUGAUAAUUGUUCUUCAACUAAAAAAAAAGACAACUGAUAGUGAGACGCUCUUUUACGUAUGCUAUUAUUAUGGCUCUUACCUUAAAAUUGUUCAAUUGGGCAAACCCUCUAAUAAAAAGCUGGUGGUCCUUGAAUAGUUCCCCAAUGUAGAGCCUUUGGUACUAUCCCUUCUCCCUACACCCCAAAAAAACAAAAAGUAUAAAAAUGUACGUUUUUGAACCAAAAAAACUCCACAUCGUACGUGGGGAUAGUCGAUGGCUCGCAUUUUGGCUGCUUUUAAUCAGCUCCUCGAUUAGAAUCCCUGGGGACUUAAAACAACCAGUGUGGCAGGGGGAGACGGUUUAGCAAAGCGCAUAAUCGCAUAUGACAGAAGUUUCUUUUUUUGAAGGCCAAAAAACUGCCAGCCACUUUUGACCAAGAUUUAGAUGAAGGUGACGUAACAGAAGAAGAUUCUGCUGAUGAAAUGGAGGAGGCUUUUAAGUUCAGAGAUAAUGAGGUGAGAACUCCACUACAACACCCAGCUACUUGUACUUUGUAGUCGCUUUGAAUAAAACGCAUUUAAUGAUUAACCAAAAAUUGAGAGAGUUCCUUUACUUUGUAAAUCUUUACUGAAAACUUCAGUACCUAUGGCUCCCCUUGCAUCAGAAUCAACAAACGCUUAUAAUUAUUUUUUAUUUAUUUAUACGUCAUUUUUCGGCACCAUACGUAAAACAAAAGCAUAUCUCCACACUUCUAUAUUUAACAGGCAAACAACCCACUUCCUCGUACUUCCCUGUAUUUUAUUUGUUGUUUUUAUCCUUAUUUCAGAAUGUAUUAGAGCAGAAAGCCAAGGAGCGCAAAUGGCGACGCACGCUGGCGUCCUUACAGCGUCUCCGUUCGAACAAAGACGACGAAGAAAAUGACGCUCGUGGGGAUCUUAGUUCAGCAAUUGUGACGUCCGUGGCUUUGGAAGAACCCACUUCAGUAGGAGCAUCAAAAAGCGUACCAAGGGUGUGUAGUCAGUUCCUUGCAUCAAUUGUGUUAGGUUUUGUUUGUAAUAAUAAUGAUCGAAACAGAGAUAGAUGCCUUAAUGUUGAUUACUGAUGUUGGAGAGCACGAUUUUUAAACAUAUUUUAGUCAUAUAUUGCAAUCAUACGCUUUUUUCAUAGCGUUUUAUUGUACCAGACGGGCGGAGUUUGAAAUUUAAUCUUUAACCCUUGACCCUCAAGAGUAACUAGCAUCUAAUUUCUCCUUAUUAUAUUAGCCCUGAAUCAAACAUUAAGGUCAUGAGAAUAAAUAAAUGAUCACUAACAAACGGAGCUCUUGAUUUUUUUAACAAAUUCUUCUUGUCGGCACCUUGGUUAAAAAGCGAAUGCGGCCUUUAAACAAGACAUGUAUGUGAAUUGUAAUAUAAUUUUUUUUUUCUAAUCUUACUUAAAAUGUUUUGUUAUACGAAGAAUGGAGUGAGCUCAUAGAAAAAAAAUCGCUCUUUAAAGCUUUCCUAUUUUCUCUCAGCUUGGAAGAUCGCUGUCUGCAAAAUAUGUCUUUGAUCAGGGUCCUCGCAAUCAGCCUGCUGAAAUAAGAAAAACACAAAGCUUUAGUGAGAAAGAUAAGGUAUAGUAGUAUUUUAAGGUAUAGUAAUAUUUUAUACAUAUAUCAAACUAGGAACAAUGUACGUAAAAUGUAUUUCUUCAUCAAGUUCUUAGAAGUUAAGAUAUAGCUUUCUGUGACUCUUCCCCAGUCAUCUGUUAAUACGCAGCCGCAAGGUUGCGAGAAACUUCCGCCACUGCGAUAAACUGGACAUAUUUUCCCAUUUGCCCCGCGUUUAUCUUUUGCGCUUCCCUCGUUAAUCUUUUAAAGUAGAGAGACGACUGGGGAAGAGUUAGAAAUUUCCUUUUUGUUCUCAAAGAUUGAGGUUUAAUGGAAAUCUGUAGCGUGGUACAUCCUCUAAUUCUGGAUGUUUUUUUAUCCCGCGAUCUUCUGCUUCGUUGAAUGUUUGUUAUUGAAAUGAUCUUCGAAUUUUUUGGGUCCUUUCCGCUGCUUUUAAGAGCAAUUCUUGGAGGAGUUUUAGUCAGACUUCCGAGGUACGGUAAAUGGAAACUUUUAGACUGUGAUCAAUCCAAAUUUCUAGAGGAGAAUAUAGAUAUGCAUCCCGAUGUAUUUAUUUCUCAAUCAGUACAUUUCUGCGGAUUUGAAUCGAGCUUUGCGUGAAAGAAAUUCGAAAUCGAUAUCAGGUGAGGUAACUCUCUUUUGAUAACGUUGGUUUAGUUUGGUAGUAUGAUUUAUCUUUAUUUCUCAGAAAACGAGAAGGCGAUCCAAAAAAAGGCUUAUCUCUACCGAAGAGGUGGGUAUUUUACAAACUAUUAUUACUCACUAUUUCUUUAUUUUCAUUUUUUUUGCCGUGAUUUAUUUGUUAGUGUGUUUUUUUAACCUUCAGUUGUCUAAAUUUUGCAAUUUUUAGAUUUCCUUUUAAAAAGUUUCGAAUGCUGAAAAUACUGGGGUCGAUUAAAUCUUUGCGUUGUGUUUAUUUAUCGUUCCUGACCAUUGUUUUUCUCUUGUUCAUGUCAACAGGAUUCUAUAAGAAAAAUUAAGUUGAGCAAGCAUCUUUCUGAUCUUGUUGCUUACACUAAGUCAUCAGCAUUCAAAGGACUGGAUCUUGAUGAGAAUGGUACGUAAAGGUAUGAUGUACAGAUAUCAUGUGUCACGAGCUUAGGAGAAAGAAAGAAUGUAAGUCUUCCACAUGGUCUCUGCCCAUAAGCCUUCUAAUCUUGCAUAUUUAUCCUGAAGGGGGGGGGUCAGAGCACUUUGGAUCACUUGGUUUUCAGGGGAACGGAGGGGAGGAUCAGUCGUCCCUUACAGAGUGUAAGAGGAGGACUAUAGUAAAUUAACUGCCAAUGAGGGGUAUCAUUUGAAUACAACCGUGCCUUAUAUGGGGAAUCGGGUAAAUUUUAUUGUGACAAAAACCAAAAUCCUUUGAACCUCCCACCUCCCACCUCCCACCUCCCACCUCCCACCUCCCACCUCCCACCUCCCCCUUCCCCCUCCAGGGGAUAAAUUAUGACUGUUCCAGUUUGGUUCUUCAACGAUGACCAAGACAAGUCUCAUUGAAAGCUGAAUUUUUUUUCUCACAGAUACCCACUGUGAAGUAUGUUCAGUACCUGAGUCGAAAGCUUACAGAUAUGUUGACACAAAAGGCGAGCAAUUUGUGCGUUACACAAGAUAUAAACUUUGCCGAGUUUACCCGGCAGGUUACAGAAUCGACUCUAGCAACCCAAAUCCACAAGCCUUCUGGAACUGUGGCUGCCAACUAGGUAAAAGAUAAUAUUGCCCAGUUGCACCUACCUCCCACAGCGAGGCAGAUGCCGUAAUUAAAGUGUGCAACUCUUUCUCACAGAUUCAGCAAAUUCAGCUUUGAUAAAUUUCAUUUGGAAGGUAUGACGAGUCACCAAAACCAAUCACAUACCUUAGUGUUAAAGCCCGGUGUCGUGGCAGAACAGUCCUCAUUUUUCGUAUUUUGUGGUGUUGAUGACGUGAGGAAUCUGACGAAUUGCAUGAAGUAAAACUUUAUGAGUUGUUCAUUGUAUUAUAGUGGUAAAGAAAAUGGAAUUUUGCAAAAAUGACGUGGUAAAUACCUUUUGAACAUCCUCACGAAAAUUAUGACAGGAGCUACACUCCGUUACACAUUUAUUUGGGACACUUACUACCUUCCAUGCCUCAGUAUUUUGUCUCCGAAAUACCGUAAACAAAUUAGCCUUUGACAACUUCUGAAGAGGAGAACAGUGCAAGUUGUGGUAAGGUUUCCCAACUAUGUGGAUAAGAAAUUGUAACCUGUGCUGUUUUUUUUUCCUUUUUUCUGAUUUGAUUUCGAGUUUCUUUAAUUUCUAUCAUUCACAAUUCAUUCAGUGGUUAAAGUAGGAUAGUGACAUUGGCACAUUUUCUUCCUCAGUGGCUCUAAACUAUCAAACAGAAGGACGAAUGAUGCAGAUAUACAAAGGAAAAUUCAAGUCAAAUGGAAACUGUGGAUAUGUCCUUAAGCCUGAUAUUAUGUGUGAAGGUUUGUUAGUAUACUUUGAAUUUCAGUCUUCCCAAUUGGUGACAACCUAUAACCUGUGUGUACGAGAACGAAAUUCCAGUUAAAAAAAAAAAAACCACCAGAAUUUAAAAAAAGUGUUUUUUUUUUUAUUCUUUCUACAGCUGAACCUAAGUUUGAUCCCAUGACAAGGACGGAUAUUAAAGGAGUCAGGAAAAAGAUUUGUAAAAUAAAGGUGAAAAGACUUUACCACAUACGCCUGUAUGUGAGGUGUACUAUAUGUGCUUUUGAAGAAUGUGACUGAAUGUUUGUCGACAUUCACGCAAAACGUUGAGCUUUCCCAGGGAAAAAGAUAAAUGAAUCAACUAUAACCUGUGUGUACGAGAUUACACUUUCAUGGAAGUUGACACUUUAAAAUCGUUCGAUCAUUAAGCUAUAGAUUUUAGAACAAUUCUAAAACUGAAUAUUUUCGUUUAUCAGUCUGCUCUAUUUCUUGCAUUUUGAAUAGUUCCACUAGUCCUUCCUUGUCUUUACGUAUUUGAGUGUUUGUUGUCCUUGUUGUUGAGGUUUUUUAUUUUAUUUUAUUUUCAUUCAUUUUUUUUUAAUUUCUCAAAGUAUCGCUUAUAUUUCGAUAGGUGAUAAGUGGCCAACAACUGCCAAAGCCAAAAGACAGCAUCUUAGGAGACCGUGGAGAGGUAUGCAGAAAAUUUUACAUGCAGUUUGUUUCUUCGUAUUCAAUUUGUUUUCAGGAAGGAAUGAAGCGGGAAGUUAAGGAGGGUAAAUCUCAUGUUGGGCUCAGCGGUUUACACCAUGUCGAUGACAUGGUUUAACUCCUAUUCCCACAACUAACUUUCCUACCGCAAAUUCCGAUUGCGUGUCUGAUUUGCAGCCUGCAACUUGCAUCUUGCCCCCAAACAGCAUUAACUCUGUCUUGAAAAUAUUUGGUAUUUCCCUAUCUAUUCUGAACACUUACUUCCCUAAUUUAGUUAGAAGGAUUAUCCAUUGUUAGUUAUAACUAUCAAACCAAUCUGGCUCACUGAAGCCAUUUUCGGAAAAUAUUUUUUCUUCGUGUGGUAGAUCGUGAUUUCUCUCGAAGGGGUAAAAUUGCAAAGUCUAUCAAGUGAAUGAAUAAAUCAGUGAAUCCUUUUGUUUUCCUUUAGUAUCAAUUUUCCUCUAAACUUGAGCUCUAUUCAAUUAUUUUUGAUACAGAUCAUUGACCCUUACGUAGAGAUUGAGGUGAUAGGUAUCCCAGCUGAUAACUGCAAGCGGCGCACAAAAACCGUCAUCGAUAAUGGUGAGGAAAACUGUUGAGAGAGGUGUUGAAGUCCGUGACGCAGAUAUGUUCGGGAAAAAAAAGUUCUAAAUGCUUCUCGUGUCCUUCCGAAUACUCGUUUAGAUCCUCUAACGAGCUCGACAGGACUCGUACAGUAGUAAACAGAAUCGUGGUGUUAUAGGCUUGUGUGGCCAAUAUCUUGAACACUGCCAGGAACUGAAUGUUUAUGUGAUACUCUUGAGCAUUUACGUAGACGAAUGUGGUUUGUUAACAUGCACAAUGCGGAUCGUUAGAAGAAAAAUGAAACAGCUCACGAACCCUUCUUCAAUUGUGAUUUUUUGUUAAGACUUUGAGGAAAGCUUUUCGAUUGUGAUUAUGAGAAGGAAAAAAAAACAAAAUGUAAACGAAAAGAAAAGCAGACCAGGCAGCUAAAGAGAAAAUUGUUUGCUUAUUUAAUAAUUCCUUGUUUGUAAAAGUCAGCUUGACACGUGACGUGGCAUAACGUCGCGUGAGUUGACGAGACAUUACAUGGCAUGCCUUGACACGAAAAAACGUGAUUUAAAUUUUAGAUUUUAGUUAAAUUGAACUAAAAUUAAACUAAAAUUUAGUAAGCACCUGUCAUGCAGAAGUUGUUAUUGACAUGAAAUACACGUUGUGUCUUACACCCUUUCUUUCAUAGGGUUCAAUCCAGUUUGGGAGGAGACCAUUACCUUUGUUCUCACCUUUCCGGAACUGUCCAAUUUCCGUUUUGUCGUUUGGGACGAGGAUCCAAUUGGUAGAGAUUUCAUUGGUCAAGUUAGUUAUCCAUUUUCGAGCCUGAUGCCAGGUAACUAGAUAAGCUUACAUUUCUCAGUAAAUGUUGGUUAACCAAUACAUUUCUAUACAUCCAUUUUUUUCGAAUAAAACAUGAUAUGUCCAAUUGUGCUGUCGUGUAUUUUGACAGGGGUAGCUUAAAAAUUUUUUACUUCUGUGUAUUUAUGAACCAUUGAGUUUUUCAAUGUUUGCGGUGAAGUUGACCGAGCGAAAGUCAACAAGCUAAGAACUCCACAGUCGGCCGCAGGCGACAGCUGCCUUUUUUACAAGAGAUAAUCCUUAAAUAUCUUACUGGUAUCAUCUCUCUCCACCUCACCCAUCGAUAGUCGAUAUUGAUAUGUAUGGUAGGCCAGGUAGCCUCGGUACCAGGGUGCACUGCUAGCCUCGUUAUGGUGUUUAUGUAAGGAAGAAUGACUUUCAGAAUAAACGGUUAUUUUGCUCUUGUGGUACGUUGCUGUCAACUUGUUGAAACAGAUAAUCACUUAGAUGUAAAUUUAUUUAACUGCCUACUUAGGCUACAGACAUGUGCAUCUUGAAGGAAAUCAGCAAGCCUCCAUAUUUGUUCACGUUACAAUUGCUGAUUACAACGGAGAAAAGGUGAAAUAUUUAUUGCUCUAUUCAUGAAUCUUUCCUAAAGACUUCAUUGUGAUAUUGUCUGAACAGACAGAGAACGCGAAGAUUGCUCUUGGUUGAAAGAUUGGUGGUUAGAUCCAAUGAUCUCGAGCCGCGAACAGUUAAAAAAUUUAGUACUCUGAAAGGUCACCAUGCGAAGAAAUUGUUCUUUCUAGUAGAAGUAACUGUUAACUCCGUCUUCAACGUUUACAAUUUCAUUUCAUUCCCUCCGGGUUAACCCUUUCUCUCCCAAUUUCUAAACUUAAAUUCUCCACACUGUCCAUUUUAAUUUCUCAGAAUUGUAGCUUCUGCGUAUUAAAACCGUGUGGAGAAACUCGGUUUUGGUCACUUCUGGUGGUGCAAAUCUUAAGAACAGUGCUUUCUUGCAGAUUAUAGAUGGCUUGGAUAUAUUCAAUCCAGAGAGAAGAUAUUCAGUUGGAGUGAAGUUUAAAAGGAGACAGCGAAGAGAUUCAACUUUGUUUUAGAAACAAAAACAGAACAAACAAUUACACUAAAGGGGUACUGGCAGCCAGUUCGGUGUGGUUCCGAUCGCUGGAUGCCCACUUGGGCGGAGAUUUGUGAACUGAAUGUUGAAGAUAACUUUAAAUGCUUUUAACCCAAUUUAUUUACGGGCUAUGAAUAAUAAGGAACUAUCAAUAUCCAAGAUUUUGAUAUGUGCAACUCUGAGUUUGUAUCUUCUUAGACUAAUGCCUGUGUCGUGAACAAGAAUAGGGUUGGGAUAUGGACUGUGAAAAGUCGGGGAAGUCAGAAUUCCCUUUUGCCGUUUGCAGUUGCUGUAUGAGUCGCACUGAAGAUCUGAUGAUGUCAUCCCUGACUCACUCUCUGGGAGAGGGUACAUGUUUAAUGCAACAAACCAGCACUCGUUCCAACACUGGUGAUCUGUCAAAGCAUUUGCAUUUAUGAUCUGACCCGAAUUUAGAUAUUAGUUUCGUUCGUUGUUGUUGUAAGCUGCAUCAGCGGCCUCUUGUUUCUAAAACAAUGGGUUCUGGACGGAUCUGGACGAAGAAAAAGCAUAGGUGAUCUAUCAUUAAUACAUGCUUCCAGGCGCUAUGAAGUUACUCAGUAAUGUCUGUUUUAGCAUGUUUUUCUCCGGUACAAAAUUCGCAUAAUAGAGCAAAUGUGGACCUGAACUUGUGACCCGAGACAAUUUAAUUAAUAAACC